AAUCUUAAGAAAGCACUUCGAUAUUAUCACGUAAUCUACAAGUGCUCCAUCGAUAAAAAAAAAUAUAUAUAAAUAAAAUGUGCAAAAUCAUCUUUUACAAUAUAAUUGUUUCGGUUUCAACAUGUACGCUCUAAUUUUCUUAUUUUUUUUAAGUGUUGCUGCGGGCAAAAGCGUUCAAGUGCAAGACAGCGUGCAAGUUCAGGUCUACUAUGAAUCUUUAUGCCCCGACAGUAUUGCCUUUAUCGUAAACCAACUGUACCCGGCAUUUUACACAAUUGGAAGCGAAAAAAUACUAUUGGAGCUCGUCCCAUGGGGACAUGCCUCUGAAACAGUGGUAAAUGGCUCAAAAACCUUCAAAUGCCAACACGGAGCUCAAGAGUGUUACGGAAACAAGAUCCAUUCGUGCGCCAUCGAUUUAUACGACGUGAACGUGAGUACCGCGUUCAUUUUCUGCUCGGAACGAUCGGAUUCUCCUGCUGACGAUGCUGACUUACAAAAGUGUGCCGAGAGUGUGGAUGGGGUUUUAUGGUCAGAAAUUCAAGAGUGCAUUACGAGUGGUAAAGGGGAUGAGCUGCUCUGGGAAAAUGGUAAAAAGACGGCCCUAAUUGACCCCGGCUGGGUGCCCACUAUUGUCAUCGACGGCAGUUACUCUGAUGAUAACCAGAACGCGGCCGAAACGGAGUUUAAGAGUUUCAUAUGCGAUUUGUUGGGUAAUCCCACACCAGCAUGUUUGUGUUAGAGCCUAGUAAAUAAUAAUGUAACUAAAUAAAUAUAUGGGUUAUAUUCUGGA